AUGUCAAAUACAUACGAAGGUAUAACAACUGUUCUUGUGCCAUCCGUCGAAGUCACAGUCAACUUUAAUGAUUCUGAUAAAAGUACAACAUCCAUUGGUACGGAUUAUCUUGGUUCUUGCAUUUGUUUCUUGUUCGAUUUUACCUAUUGUGAUGAACAAAUUUGUGUACUUGAUCAUUAUACUUAUCCAAAAGAUGAAAAGGGUUUAUCACCAGAUAAAGUAUUGGCUUUACUUAUGAAACAAUUUGUUAGUACAAUUAAAGAUAAUCUUUAUCUUCGUAUAUCUGAACAAAUAUAUUCAUCAGCAACAACAGUAUCUAAUUUAAGAUUAUUAGUCGUUGGUGGUGAUCCAAAAGAGAGUCGUCGUAUUCGUCAUACAUUAUCAUCAUUGAAUGCAAAUUCAUUUAAAUUAAAAGCCAUACUUAAUGAUCCAGAACAUCUUUAUCUUGCUGAACAAUUGAUCAACAAAAUUAUUUUGUUAAAAUCAGCUACAAGAUCGCUUACUGGUCGAGAAGAACGAGAAGGUAAGUAA